UUACCCUUUUUUGUUGCCCAUUUUUGUUGCCCAUUUUUGUUGCCCAUUUUUGUUGCCGUCCUUUGAGGUUAUGUGUUUUUUCAAUUUUUUCCCACCACUUGUUACCCUUUCGGAUUGUUGCCGCGAUUCCAACUUUUUCUUUCCACAACUACAUCACAAAAACACAAAAACAAAGACAACAAAAUGCACUUGGGAAUUAAGGACGUCAACAGAAACUCUCAGAAAAAUUAUUCUAGUAUGACUAGGGAGGAGAGACUUAACUUGAAGAAACGAAUCAUACAAGAUGCCCUAACUUUUGCGUACAAUUUUUCCUAUUCCAAUUUUUCCAAUUAUCAGUAUUUCUCCCCUAUGUAUGCUAGCAGCACGGAGGAGCUAAAAAGCCUGGAAAUUUUUGUCAAAGAAAUAAAGCUGGACAAUAGCAAAAAAGAAGAAAUGAUCAAGCUAGCUAGACAACAUAUCCCCUCCUAUUAUUUCCCUCUCAGUAACAUGUACAGCGAAGGAGAGCUGAAGUACUUCGAGAAUUGCAUCGUUCCCUAUGUGAACAAGCAAGAACAAGUUAAGCAAAUGCAUAAGUAUCUCUCAAACGCGUAUCAAAACUACGUUAUUUACAACAAUAUUUACGAAUUGUGGGCAGAGGAGAUGGAGUCGUUAAACAAGUUGAUCCUUUUUGAUGCGUAUAAAAACAAAGUUAAGGUACAGAAAUCAGAAGUUACAAUUUGUGUGGUGGCAUAA